AUGCAGGCGCGAGGCGACCCGGCGAUCAAGCUCGUGCUGCUUGGGAAUGGCUCGGUGGGCAAGUCCAGCCUCAUUGCCCGCUUCGUGGACGACGGCUUUGCGCGCGUGUACAAGCAGACUAUCGGACUCGACUUCUUCGAGAAGAAGCUCCAACUACCACGCGACCAGCGCAUUGUGCUGCAGGUGUGGGAUAUCGGCGGCCAGACGAUCAACAGCAAGAUGUUGAGCAAGUAUCUCUUCGGUGUGCAUGUGGCGCUGCUGUGUUACGACGUCACGGACGCUCAGUCGUUCAGCGACGUCGAGGACUGGCUGCAUGUGGCGCGCGAGAACGGCGACAAGCAGAUGAACCUGUACCUCGUGGGGAACAAGACGGACCUCGUUGCCCACCGCGUCAUUUCCAACGAGAAGCACGAGGACUUUAUCCGCCAGCACGGACUGCUUGGUGGUUUCCUCGUGUCGGCGCAGAGCGGCGACAACGUGCUCAAGACCGUGUACCGCAUCUCGGCAGCUGCUGCGAACAUCCGCGUGUCCGAGUUCGAACUCUCCUUCUGCGAUAAAGUUGUCCGCGCAGUGAUCCCCGACGCGGGUAACGGAGAUGAGGGGGAGCAGGAGGCUCGCACAGCGAUGGCAGACGAGAUCGAGGCGGAAGACAGAGCCAACGAGGCGCGCAAGUCCCGCAAGAUGCAGCAGCAUCGAUGCCUCGUUAUGUAG